AUGGCGGAAGCCCAUCAACCGUCAUCACCACAGAGUCAACCACGAGCAAUCCCUGGACAGGACACAACUUUACAGAUACAGCCCCCAGCUACCGUAGCCCUACCUCCUUCUUCCUCUGCGAACCGCAUUCGAAACUCGCAUCUCGCAUUGGAUACUUUUUCGCCCGUUAAUCAAAAUGGAAGUUUUGAGUUUGAUCGUGUAUUAAAGAGUGGCUAUGUGCAGAAACGGACGAGGAAAACAAAGGCAUGGAAACCCAUAUUCCUCGUCCUCCGACCAAAUUACCUCUCAAUCUACAAAGAUCAAAACGAAGAUAAACUCCGCCAUAAAAUCCACCUCUCCGAUCUAACCGCCGUCGCCUUCCUCAAAGACCCCAAGCAAAAACGGCGCAACGUCUUUGGUCUCUUCACCCCUUCUCGAAACUAUCAUUUAGAAGCUACCACCAAAGGUGACGCUGAACAAUGGGUCGACCUCAUCCGCAAAGAAGCCCGGAUCGACGAAGAAGAGGAGGAAGAAAUGUUACUCGCCAGUCCUUCCGGUAAUACAACAAGCACAUAUCCCGGGUUCGACCAAGCCAUGGCCCAUAAGCAACUCCAACGAAGAACCGAAGCUCAAAUCCUACAUGAUGAAAGAGUAGGGAGCAGUUCCCCGGAACCCACAGAACCUACGAUACCACGCGUGAAUAAUAAACAGAAUAUGACGACAAUAGGAGGAGGUAGGCGCCCAUCAAAUACCAUCGAAUACUCCGGCAACGAAUUAGUAUCCGAUGCCGACUUUUCCGACACAGACCUUGCCCGCCUCCCUGGAACCUCCACCCUCUCUCUAAGCCUACACAAUCCGACCGCCUACCCAGCCCCAGACCUCGAAGUAAAGGCCCCUUCUUCCACUCCCCUCGCCCUUGCCCGCAACGCAUCCCAACUAUCCCUUGCCCCAAACCCAGCUCUUCCAGACCAAGACCCCGAACGCGUAGUCUACCAAGGCUACCUCCUGUAUCUGCGCUCCAAAAAUGGGAUCCGCUCUUGGAAAAAUCUCUGGGUCGUCCUCCGUCCCCGCUCCCUAUCCUUCUACAAAAACGACUCGGAAUACUCCCCCGUCAUGAUUCUCCCCAUGGAAAAUGUCAUCAAUGUCGUGGAGAUUGAUCCACUGAGUAGAACCAAACGAUAUUGUUUUCAGGUGAUUGGGGAGGAGAAGAGUUUUAAAUUUUGUGCGGGGAGUGAGGGGGUUUUGAUCAAUGUGCUGGGCGCGUGUAAGAGUCUUUUGGCAAGGAGGAAGGGGACUGCGGGUGUGUAG